AUGAUACCACGAGUAUUGCAAGCGAUCCUGUUGUUGCACUGUCUCGUGCAGCUCAUCACAGCGCAACGUAACACGUGCUGUGAGUCGUAUUGCUACAACGAUGAUACCGAGCGCAAACAAGUGAAGCAUUUUGCUACCAAAACCGUGUACGAGCUGAUCCGCGCACCGGAUACCGAUCGGCAGCAUAUUGUGCCAAAUUGCAUGCCGGUGAAAUUUUGGUUACUAAGUCGCCAUGGUACAAGACUACCGGGUAAGAACGAUAUCAUCGAAAUGCCCAAGCAGCUGAAGCUGCUGCAAGACUCCAUCAUGGACAAUUACUUUACGCGGAACAGUCCCCCUGUGAAUGGACGCAUGUGUGAUGAGGAUUUGGAGAUGUUGCGAAAUUGGCACUGGGAUCCGAACAUAACCGUGCAGUACGAUUCACACCUAACCGAACAGGGCUGGGAAGAUUUGAAGUAUCUUGCGGUGCGCACCAAGGAGAAAUAUUGGCAGGUGUUUGGUAGCGGGUAUCAACCAUCCAAGUUUACGUUCCGCCACACGGCAACCCAGCGCACCGAGGCAAGUUUCAAAGCGUUCGCCGAAGGACUGUUUGGACGUGAGGAAGCGCAGCGAGUGAAAUCGAUGCCAGCAACGGAUCCGGACCUGCUGCUCAAACCCUACGAUUCCUGUCCAGAUUAUGGAGAGAAUAAAAACCGAGACACGCGUGAUGAAAAUUCAGAAGUGAACAAGUUCAUACGUUCCGGCCUAUUCGCCGGGACGGUGUCAGACAUUUCGCAGCGGCUCGGCUUCCGGCACAAUUUGAGUGUGGAGCAGGUCGAAGUGAUGUGGGACGCUUGCCGAUAUGAGCAGGCAUGGCGAAUUGCACGUCCCAGUCCGUUCUGUACUGCUUUCACCGAGGAUCAGGUGCGGGUGCUCGAGUACAAGGAAGAUCUUGCGUAUUUUUAUCGUAACAGCUACGGGUACAGCCGCAGCCAGGAUCUUGCGUGUCAUGCGAUGGCCGAUAUGCUACGUCAACUAUCAUCCCGCGAUGAUCCAUCAGUGGUGGCGUACUUUACGCAUGACACACAAAUUCAACUCUUCCUGGCGGCGCUGGGUGCAAAGCGUGAUUCUACACCGCUACGGGCGGACAAUUUUCCGUUUAUGCGCAAUCGCAAAUACACGUCGAGUGACAUCCCGUUUGCGGCUAAUAUAGCUGCAGUGAAGUACCAGUGCGCCGAACAGAGAGAACCGGAAAAGGUGAUAUUUUUCCUCAACGAGAAGCCUAUCAUUCUCGACUGGUGCAGCGUGGGACUGUGCAACUGGUCGGACGUUAAGCGACAGUACCAAAGGUUUACUGGGGGCAACUGCGAUCGAUUCUACUGCCAGAGUAGCGGAGCCGGAGCACCCCAAGUUUGGUCCCAUUUUGCUGUUGGCUUUGUUGUUCUCCUGUUAGCUUCGGUACGACAUUUUACCAUGCGUUAG